UGUGCACUCAAGUGUGUGUGUCACACUCUCUGGGGGCAAGGGAACGAUAGUAGAGUGUGUGAGUGUGUGUGUAAGAGAGACAGAGAGAAAGAGAGAAAAGCGGAGAGGGAGUGGAGGGCCAACAGGCAUGCCGGCCAAGAUCAUCACCUGUGGAGCUGAUGCUGUCACUAGUUUUCUGCGGGCGGCUCGUUCUGGUAACAUGGACAAGGCCCUCGACCAUAUAAAGAACGGCAUAGACAUCAACACAGCCAAUCAGAAUGGUCUCAACGGGUUGCAUCUGGCCUCUAAAGAAGGCCACGUUAAAAUGGUGCUGGAGUUACUACAUGGAGGCAUCGAUGUGGAAACCCAGACUAAGAAAGGCAACACAGCUCUGCACAUUGCUGCCCUGGCUGGGCAGGAGCAAGUGGUGGCAGAGCUGGUAAAUUACGGGGCCAACAUCAAUGCCCAGUCCCAGAAGGGCUUCACUCCGCUCUACAUGGCCGCACAAGAGAAUCAUCUAGAAGUUGUGAAGUUCCUUUUGGAGAACGGGGCCAAUCAAAGCAUUCCUACUGAGGAUGGCUUUACCCCUCUCGCCGUGGCUCUUCAGCAGGGACAUGAGAACGUUGUGGCCCUGCUCAUCAAUUACGGCACCAAGGGCAAAGUUCGCCUCCCAGCGCUGCACAUAGCAGCGCGGAACGAUGACACGCGCACAGCUGCUGUGCUUCUACAGAACGACCCCAACGCAGACGUCCUGAGCAAGACAGGCUUCACACCGCUUCAUAUCGCUGCACACUACGAGAACCUGAGCGUAGCCCAACUGUUGCUCAACAGAGGAGCCAAUGUCAACUUCACCCCUAAGAAUGGCAUCACACCUUUGCACAUCGCAUCCAGGAGGGGGAAUGUGAUCAUGGUACGACUCCUGCUGGACCGAGGGGCACAGAUUGAUGCCAAGACCAAGGAUGAGUUGACUCCACUGCACUGUGCAGCCAGGAAUGGACACGUGAGGAUCAUUGAGAUCCUGUUGGACCAAGGGGCUCCCAUCCAGGCCAAGACCAAGAACGGCCUGUCUCCCAUCCACAUGUCAGCACAGGGGGACCACAUGGACUGUGUGAGGCAACUAAUGCAAUACAAUGCUGCAAUUGAUGACAUCACACUGGACCACCUGACCCCCCUGCAUGUGGCGGCCCACUGUGGGCACCACCGCAUGGCCAAAGUGCUGCUGGACAAAGGAGCCAAACCCAACUCCCGUGCACUGAAUGGUUUCACUCCACUUCACAUCGCCUGUAAGAAGAACCACAUGCGUGUGAUGGACCUCUUGCUGAAACACUCUGCUUCCCUAGAGGCUGUGACGGAGUCUGGCCUGACCCCUUUACAUGUGGCCUCGUUCAUGGGCCACCGCAAAAUAGUCACCAUCCUGGUACAGAAGGGAGCUUCUCCCAGCGCGUCCAAUGUGAAAGUGGAGACUCCUCUCCACAUGGCAUGUAGAGCUGGACACUAUGAGGUGGCAGAGUUCUUACUGACCAAUGCAGCGCCGGUAGACGCCAAGGCCAAGGAUGACCAGACACCGCUCCACUGUGCGUGUCGGAUGGGCCACAAGGAGCUGGUUAAGCUGCUGCUGGAGCACAAGGCCAACCCCAACUCCACCACCACAUCCGGACACACACCUCUCCACAUCGCUGCCCGUGAGGGACACGCUCAGACCACACGCAUCUUACUGGACAUGGAAGCCCAGCAUACCAAGAUGACCAAGAAAGGCUUCACUCCUCUCCAUGUGGCUUCAAAAUAUGGCAAAGUGGACGUGGCAGAGCUGCUGCUGGAGAGAGGGGGCAACCCUAACGCUGCUGGCAAGAAUGGUCUGACUUCUCUCCAUGUGGCUGUCCAUCAUGACAAUCUGGACGUGGUUAACCUGCUGGUCAGCAAGGGAGGCUCUCCACACAGUGCAGCUAGGAAUGGCUACACCCCUCUCCACAUAGCAUCGAAGCAGAACCAGGUGGAGGUUGCUAGCAGCCUGCUGCAGUACGGUGCCUCGGCCAACGCCGAGUCCCUUCAGGGGGUCACGCCCCUCCACCUGGCUGCUCAGGAGGGCCGGCCUGACAUGGUCGCCCUGCUCAUCUCCAAACAGGCCAACGUCAACCUGGGAAACAAGAGUGGACUGACUCCUCUCCACCUAGUUGCACAGGAAGGCCACGUGGGCAUCGCUGAUAUUCUGGCUAAGCAGGGGGCAUCAGUGUAUGCUGCCACACGGAUGGGAUACACCCCUCUCCAUGUUGCCUGUCACUAUGGCAAUGUAAAGAUGGUGAAGUUCCUCCUGCAGCAGCAGGCCAAUGUCAACAGCAAGACUAAGGUUGGUUACACUGCCCUGCACCAGGCAGCCCAACAGGGCCACACAGACAUCGUUACCUUACUGCUCAAACAUGGAGCCCAGCCGAACGAAGUCGCUACUAACGGUACGUCAGCCCUGUCCAUCGCCAAGCGGUUGGGUUACAUCUCUGUAAUCGACGUUCUCAAACUGGUUACAGAGGAGACGGUUUCCAUGACCACCACAGAGAAACAUCGUAUGAGUUUCCCAGAAACAGUGGAUGAGAUAUUGGACGUAUCAGAGGAUGAAGGAAUUGCACAGCUAACCAUAGGGGAAGAGCUUUUGGGGACGGAAGGAGCCAGGUACAUGAAGAUGGAUGACUUAAAGGACCAUGAUGACGAUUUCCUGUCACCCAAGAAAUCUAUGGAUAACUACUCGCCUGCCAUUCCCAGGAUCCCUUGUGUAUCCCCAGAGACGGUCAUCCUGAAGGAGCAUGACAUGGAGCAGGUACACACUCCAAUGCCAUUACAAAAAGAUUAUGAUGAUGACUCCCUGAUCCCCAGCAGUCCAGCUACAGAGACCUCUGACAACGUCAGUCCUGUGGCCAGCCCAAUACACACAGGGUUCCUGGUGAGUUUCAUGGUGGAUGCUCGGGGCGGCUCGAUGCGAGGCAGCAGACAUAACGGCCUGCGUGUCAUCAUCCCUCCACGGACCUGUGCCGCCCCCACACGGAUCACCUGUCGUCUGGUCAAGCCCCAGAAACUCACCACUCCUCCCCCCCUGGUGGAGGGAGAGGGCUUAGCCAGCCGUAUCAUAUCACUGGGCCCAGCCAGCAUGCAGUUCCUAGGGCCUGUGAUCGUGGAGAUCCCUCACUUUGCUGCUCUGGGUCGAGGGGACCGGGAGCUGGUGGUGCUGAGGAGUGAGAAUGGCUCUGUCUGGAAGGAACACCGCAAUCGCUAUGGCGACGAUGUGCUAGAGACUAUCCUCAAUGGGAUGGAUGAAGAGCUGGAGAGCCAGGAGGAGCUUGGGAAGAAGCGUAUCCGACGAAUCAUCUCCACUGACUUCCCCCUCUACUUUGCUGUGGUGUCGCGCGUCCAGCAGGAGAGCGAUCUGAUUGGCCCAGAGGGGGGUCAGCUGACCAGUAAACUGGUACCGUUGGUCCAGGCUUCGUUCCCUGAGACAGCGGUCACCAAGCGAGUCCGCCUGGGCCUGCAGGCCCAACCAGUCCCAGACGAGCUGGUUGCCAAGCUGCUGGGUAACCAGGCAACCUUCAGCCCUGUGGUGACUGUGGAGCCACGGCGACGCAAGUUCCACCGGCCCAUCGGCCUGUGCAUCCCCCUACCCCCCUCCUGGAGAGAGAGCCCCCGGGACUCUGGGGAGGGGGACACCACCAGCCUGCGCCUGCUCUGCAGUGUCAUCGGUGGCACAGCCCCAGCCCAGUGGGAGGACAUCACAGGCACCACCAAGCUCAUAUAUAGCAAAGACUGUGCCAACUUCACAACCAAUGUGUCAGCACGGUUCUGGCUGGCUGACUGUCCCAGGACAGCCGAGGCCAUGUCUUUCGCCAACCUCCUGUACCGGGAGCUCUCAGCCGUGCCCUACAUGGCCAAGUUUGUGGUGUUUGCCAAGAUGAACGAGGUCCGAGAGGGCCGUUUGCGCUGCUACUGCAUGACUGAUGACAAGAUGGACAAAACCCUGGAGCAACACGAGAACUUCAGCGAGGUGGCCCGCAGUCGCGAUAUCGAGGUGAUGGAGGGUAUGCCGCUGCACCUGGAGUGUUCUGGGAACCUGGUCCCAGUGAGGAAGGCUACCCAGCAGCCUCGCUGUUUCAGCUUCCAGGCCUUCCGAGACAAUAGACUCCCCGUCUCUGUCAAGGUGAGAGAUAGUAGCAAAGAUCACUCCGGAUUCCUGUCUUUCCUGCGGAAGUCUACCAAGUACGAAGACAGCCAACAUGUGCUGUGCAACCUCAAUAUUACCAUGCCUCUGUGUAUCAAGGCUGCUGGGAGUGAAGAUCGGAGGCGAACUCUGACCCCAUUAGCCCUGCGAGAGAGAUACAGUGCCCUGAAUGAGCCUGCCAUGGCAUCAAUGAGUGCCAUGGAAAAGACAGAGCUGAAGAUGGCUCUGAUAGCUGAACAGUUGGGACUGAGCUGGGCUGAGCUGGCGAGGGAGCUACAGUUCAGUGUAGAUGACAUUAAUAAGAUCCGUGUGGAGAAUCCUAACUCCCUAUUGGAGCAGAGUUCUGCCCUGCUCAGCCUAUGGGCCACCUGUGAGGGCAAGAGAGCCAAUAUGGAGAGUUUGUACACAGCUCUGAAGAGCAUUGACCGGAUGGACAUAGUAAACAUGUUGGAGGGCCAGGGGCCACAGCCUGAUGGGAGACAGGCCCGGGAAACAAGCAGACGCAGACACAACGAGAGCGACCACAUCUCCCCCAGCCUGACGAAUGGUUACGGGGUAUUACAGGAGGAGCUGCUCUCCCCUCCUUCCAUGCAGUACAGCCUGCCCUCCCCGCUGGGUAACGAGCCCUACUGGCAGGAAGUCUCCAGUCUGGAGUGUGCUCCCAUGGCCAUCACAGAGGAGGACACACUCAUGGAGAUGUCCGAUGUGCAGGUGUGGCCCUCGGGCAACAGCCCCUCCCUAGUGGCCGUGGAGGACUCCUCACUGGAGUGCAGCAAUGCUGACGACUCGGAGGGGCUGCAGGGGCUCUCGUACGGGAGCCUGGGCCGGCCGGGCAGUAGGGCUAGAGGAGAGGAAGGGGGGCUGAGUGGCUCCAUGGAGCUGGUGGAAGACAACUCAGAGAUGGGGGCUGUUGACUCGUUCAGCACCGCCACCCCUGCCACCCCUGCUUCGUUCAGCACAGCCACCCCUGCCACCCCUUCUUCGUUCGGAGGCACCAUCGCCGCCAUGUUAUACAACGUUAAUGGUCUGGAGAAGGGUCAAGGGUCAAAAGUCGUGAAGUCAGAGGCAGCAGCGGUCAGAGGCAACUUGGCAAGUGGAGAUGGAGCUGGAGUUGAAGGAGGAAGAGGAGGAAGGACAGGCUCAGAGGAAGGGCUUUCUCUUGUUGCAGGACAACAGCAGCGAGUGUACACCCGGCUGAGCAAGUCGCCCGGUCUGAGCCGCGUGGCUGAUCGUAAUGGAGACAGGUCCAGUGGUGGCAGCAGUGGUAGUAGAGGCAGUGGCGGAGGUGGUGGCUCUUUACUGUCCUAUCUGCAGGAGCAGUCGGGUCCAGGUUGGCAACCUGUCACUGACCACACUCAGGCCUGGUUGGGUUCACAGACAACAAAACCCAGGCAGGCCAUGGACUCAAUGAUGUCAUCAGUGCGCGCUGCCAUGGAUGUGGACCCCAGCCAGUCCCGUGUGUCCCAGGAGGCCUUGCUUCAGCCGGUGCGGGACAUGGGGCACUCUGAGCUCCUGCGUGGGCACUUCAGGGGCACCCAGCCAUUUGAGAAGGGCCUGGGGUUCCCUCACAGGGUGCCAGAGCUGCAGACCUGGGACGACGUACUCCUGAGGCAGCAGGGUGACGAGGCCAAGGAUCUCCCAGGGGAACAAGUGAGCGAGGAGCAGUUCACAGACGAGCACGGAAACAUCGUCACCAAGAAGAUUGUACGGAAGGUGGUGCGCCGGGGGAAGGGCUCAGGUGACGAGGGGGGUCAGGAGCGGUCAGUAUGCGUGGAUGGCUCUCUGCAGGAUGAGCUGGAGGCUGAGGCGGAGCAGUUCAUGAACUACGCCGUCCUGAGCAGCAAGCCUGAUAUUGUGGAUGUGAAGAAGGGUGCUCAGAUAGUGAAAUGUGCCAGUCUGCGGAGAGUAAAGCAGUGAGGGAAGCAUGCAGACAGAGUGGCAGAGCGACAUGUGCCCGCAGGAUUUGAGCCCCACACCAAAACAAUCCUACUUAGACACAUGACCGGCGGCAGGUGACAGGAGGAAUGAAGAGGAGGAGAAUAAUGGAGAGAAAAUAAGAGAGAUUGGAACGAACGAAACACUAACUUCAUAAUAACAACAACCACCACGGCAAAGCCGACGAUCACGAGAGCGAAGUGGAUUUACUCCUAGUUUUCUUACCUUUUUAAAAAAAGAAACAAUCCAAAAAUGUCAACUACUAGGCUAGGUGCAUGAUUUCAUAUAAAACAAAACCAAACACAGACAACAAAAAAAUAGCAACCAAAACGUGCUUCCUGUUAUAUGUAUCAGCAUGAAUGACUGCUGGCGCAUGGCCUGUCUUUCACUACAGUACUAGGGGUUGUGGGGGGGGGGGUCACUCCUGUAUUGGAUAGGAGGCCAUGUUGGGGUGUAGGGCAAGGUGAAUAUGUCAAAAGUCCCCUUUCUAAAGAAACAGGGCAGUGUUUGUUUGUGAAACUUCUGAAAAGGGAGGCUGUCAAAAUACUCCGAAUUAUCUCUAGGCAACAGGUCACUCUCCCUCCCUGUCACACUGAACAGACUCUUCCAGCAAAACAAAAUAUUAAAUACAUCACAGGCUGGUUUCAGCCCUUCACUGUCCCACUCCAGUAGCCUACAUUUAGGAUAUUGGUGUUGUACAUUCUAUCUGCACUGAAAUGCUACGUGACUGAGUGUUACCUGUGUUUUAUGUCACCAUAACCCUAUGUGAUGCUAAUGAUGCUGCUGUUUCAGACACCUAAACGAUUCUUCUGCUCUGGUGUUCUGGUUUGGUUAACUCUAUGCGUAUAUGUUCGAUAUAUCUUGAGAUCUGGUGGGUAUGAGAACAAACAAAACAAACCUCUCUGUC